AGAAAAGAAAUCAAAAUGUUCUUCUUUGAAAUCUCUUUAUUUUCCUGGCAGAGAUUAUUGUCCAAUGAAGAGGAAAAGAACAAAGCUAUCAUUCAAGAAGUCUGCUUCAUGAAAAAACUAUCUGGACACCCAAACAUUGUCCAGUUCUGUUCUGCUGCCUCCAUUGGAAAAGAAGAAUCGGAUACUGGGCAAGGAGAAUUUCUUCUGCUCACGGAACUUUGUAAAGGGCAGCUGGUGGAAUUUUUAAAGAAAGUGGAAUCUAAAGGCCCCCUUUCAUGCGAUACAGUUUUGAAGAUAUUUUAUCAGACUUGCCGUGCUGUGCAACAUAUGCACAAACAGAAGCCCCCUAUUAUCCACAGAGAUUUAAAGGCCUUGGGUUGCAUCCUCUACUUGCUGUGCUUUAGACAACACCCAUUUGAAGAUGGAGCUAAGCUUCGAAUAGUCAAUGGAAAAUACUCCAUCCCACAGAAUGACACAAAAUAUACCGUGUUUCAUGAUCUUAUACGUUCUGCUUUGAGGGUGAACCCAGAAGAGAGGCUGUCCAUCACUGAGUUUGUCAAUCAGCUGCAGGAGAUUGCGGCUGCUAGAAAUGUGAACCCAAAGUCCCCUAUCACAGAGCUUCUUGAACAAAAUGGGGGCUAUGGGAAUUGUGCUCAGCCUAAGACAUCUUCAGCCUUGGUGCCACAGAACUCAAAACCUGCUGGUCAGCUUAACAAUAUAUAUAAUGCAGGGCUGAUAGUGGCAGAAUGUGACCAGUCUUCUGGUGGGUUUUUUGAUAUCCUUCGAGGUGGGACGGAAAGAUUUUUCACAAAUAUCAAGGAUACAUCUUCAAAAGUUAUUCAGUCUGUAGCCAAUUACGCAAAAGGAGAUUUGGAUAUAUCAUACAUUACAUCCAGAAUUGCUGUGAUGUCCUUUCCAGCGGAAGGUGUUGAGUCUGCUAUAAAAAAUAACAUUGAAGAUGUGCGGCUGUUUUUGGACUCCAAACAUCCUGGGCGCUAUGCUGUCUACAAUCUGUCUCCAAGAUCAUAUCGGCCUUCCAGAUUUCACAAUAGGGACGGAAGAGCAGCAUCUGCAGUCGUGGUCUGUUCUUUCUUAUGUUUCUGUCGCCUUUUCACCACAGCUGAAGCUGCGGUUUAUAUGUUUAGUAUGAAACGUUGUCCUCCCGGCAUUUGGCCAUCGCAUAAGAGAUAUAUUGAAUAUAUGUGUGACAUGAUGGCGGAUGAGCCCAUUAUUCCUCACAGCAAGCCAAUCCUCAUAAAGUCAAUCAACAUGACUCCAGUUCCUCUCUUCAGCAAGCAGCGCAAUGGCUGUAGGCCUUUCUGUGAAGUUUAUGUCGGAGAUGAAAGAAUAACCACUACCUCACAAGAAUAUGAUAAAAUGAAGGAUUUCAAAAUGGAAGAUGGGAAAGCAGUCAUCCCAUUAGGCAUCACCGUCCAAGGAGAUGUCCUCAUUGUGAUAUAUCAUGCCAGGUCCACUUUAGGUGGUAGACUCCAAGCCAAGAUGGCAUCAAUGAAGAUGUUCCAGAUCCAGUUUCAUACAGGAUUUGUACCUCGCAAUGCCACUACUGUGAAAUUUGCAAAGUAUGAUCUGGAUGCCUGUGAUAUUCAAGAGAAGUAUCCUGACUUGUUUCAAGUGAAUCUAGAAGUAGAAGUAGAGCCCCGAAAUAAGCCCAUCAUGGAACAAGCUCCCUGGGAUAACUUGAACAUCAAAGGCCUAAAUCCCAAGAUCCUUUUUUCCAGCCGCGAAGAACAACAAGAGAUUUUAACAAAAUUUGAAGGAAAACAAUCUGAAACCGCUCCUGAAGGUUCCUUUUCUCAAGAGAGUCUUGAUCGCGUUGAGGAAGAGAAGGAGGAUGAAUCUUCCAAUGAGGAAUUCUCUGCAUUCCCCAGUGACGUUAGACCUUCUGAGGACAGAGAGAUGCACCUCCUGGAACAGAAAGAUGGCAAACAUUUUUUUGAAGCUGGCUUUGAUAUGCCAGCUGCUCAGUCAGAAGAGGCUCCUGAAGAAGACAGCAUUGACUUGCUUGGGCUAGAUUCAGAGGCUAAUCCUGAACUUCUCCAACCUCCAACUGAGAUGAAGAGUUCUUCCAGCAAUGCAGACUUGCUAAAUGGACUCUUUGUUGGUAGCACUCCAGAAAUUUCAGAAGAUUCAGCUGCAGACCUCCUGGGUGGAGGACCAGACUUCUUUUUUGGUGGCCAGCCCCAGGCCUCAGCAAAUUCCCAGGGCAACAGUUCCUCAGCAGCAGCCACCUCUUCUACAGCUGACCAGUUUGACCCAUUCACAGUCAAUGCAGACAGUCCAACUCUUACCGGUCCUGAUCUAUUUGGUGACUUUCUUAGUUCAAAUGCACCAACUGUACCUGCUAUGUUUCCUUCCACACACAGUGCACCGCCUCCUUCCUCUAGCACAGACUUCCUUAAUUUGGGCAAUUUGGCCCCAGAACCACCUAAAAUAACUUCCUCGGCAAGUCAGCCAGACCUUUUAGGUGGCUGGGAUUCUUGGACUGACAGCACUAUCCCAACAGCACCUAAGAAGUCAGCUUUGGAAGGCUCAGCUUUCACAACAGGAGGGCCAGCGAGUGGCUCCUUGGGUCAUUCCUCCAAUCAAGCAAAAUCACAAAAUCUUGACCCUUUUGCUGACCUUGCAAACUUGAGAAGUGGCCUUCCAGGAACAUCUAGUGGAGGAUUCUCAGCUGGCAGUUUUGCGCCCAAGUCAGCUCAAAAAUCAGCGGGGACUCAGUGGCAAACAAGCAAGCCACAAACCACCGGCACUUCAUGGCAACCUUCACCCCAGCCCAAACCUCCGGAACAAGCCAAGUUGGGCACACAACCCAAACCCAACUACACUGUGAAUUUUAGUGUAAUUGGAGGGCGGGAGGAGAGAGGCAUCCGAGUCCCUGGCUUUGGACACAAACCCAAAGUUUCAGAAAAUGAUUUUGAAGACCUUUUGUCAAAUCAAGGCUUUUCAACGAAGUGUGACAAAAAAGGACCCAGAACCAUUGCUGAGAUGAGAAAGCAAGAACUAUCUAAAGAUAUGGAUCCUUUAAAAUUAAAGCUUCUAGACUGGAUUGAUGGAAAAGAGAGGAACAUAAGAGCUUUAUUAUCUACUCUUCACACUGUGCUUUGGGAAGGUGAAACCAAAUGGAAGCCAGUUGGGAUGGCAGACCUGGUUACCCCUGACCAGGUCAAAAAGUACUAUAGAAAAGCAGCGCUUGUUGUUCAUCCAGAUAAGGCUACAGGGCAGCCUUAUGAGCACUAUGCCAAAAUGAUCUUCAUGGAGCUGAACGAUGCGUGGUCAGAAUUUGAAAACCAAGGCUCAAAAUCCCUUUUUUAACAGAAAGUCCCUCCUGCAAGGGAAUUGAUUUCAAAAUGCAUUGGCAGCAAAACUGAACCUCGAGUGCUGUAGUGUAACCUCCUUAGUUGGAGGAGGGAGGCAAAACAACUUUCCCUGUUCUUGCACAAUUUAAAACUGUACACGCAGCCACACAGUGUGUAUUGUAGGAGAUAAAAUGUGAAACUUCGCAAAGAUGGCAUCCCCAUCAGUGCUGGGAAGUUUGUGUGGUGGAAGUGGCAAGUUGCAGGCUGUGUUACAGAAGGUUGAAUGCACCAGUAAUUCUAAUAAUGGCUGCUGGCGUGAGCAAAAUUUUGCUAGUGGGAACAUCAUCUGUUUCGAAUCUUGAUUUUUUUUUAAUUUUUCCAUUUGAAAAACACAAAACCUCAAUUUGCAUUUCUGUUUUAUUUCCCAUGUAGUCUUUGUGAUUCCCCUCCCCCUUUUUGUUCCUUGUUUGCCUUAUUUAAGUGCUUUUGUUAUCCUGUAGUCUGUGAAUUCGCUCAACAACAUUUUUUUUCUUGUUUCUGUUAGAGGUGUACAUUUUUCUUCUGUAUUUUAUGUAAUCCUUCCAAUGAUCAUUCUGUAAAUAAUUAAAAUAGUUUUCUGACAACA